AUGAAGAAAGCUGGAAAUCCUGUAACCAAUCGUGCUGCAAUAAAGAAAUUGCUUGACUCGCUCCCCAAGGAAUGGAGCCUGCAGUGUAUGAUGAUCAAGAAGGAAUUCCUCAACAAUCCUAAUCCUGUUACUCUGUCAGAUCUGAUCAACACUCUAAGGGCAUUUGAAAUGGACGUAAACAAGAGAGAGAUGAACACUGCUGGAUAUCAACCUAAAGCGACUCAACCUUCAGCAGGACUGAAGAAUGUAGCGUUUCUCGCUUCAGGGGGCAUUACUCCACAAGCUUCUGAUCUAAUUUAUGCAAAUGCUUCCGCAAGUGCAUCUAAAGCCCCACAACUUGUUGAGAAAACGAUCACUGUCGAUACUCAAGCACUGAAAGUUUCAACCGAGAAUGUGGCACUCUUCAACACUUUCCUAAGCAGCUAUGAAGCCCUAAUGUCUGGGGAAUUGAAGAAGGAGAUGUUUACUGCCGAAGACAUGUAUCAGGUUGAUCCAGAUGAUAUGGAAGAAAUGGAUCUGAAAUGGCAAAUGGCCAUGAUCACUCUGAGAUUGAAGAAGUUUCAAGACAAGACAGGCAAGCGAUUAGGUCUUGGAAAAGCUGGUUUUGACAAGUCUAAGCUGAGGUGCUACAACUGUAAGAAUCUUGGACACUUCAAGCGUGACUGUCCGAUGUUGAAAGAGGGAAACAGUGAAGCUACUCCUGCUGCUAAACAGAUCACUGCCGAAGAGAACAAAAGCAACGCUUCUCCCAGCACGCCAAAGGCUUUGGUUGUUGAAGACUAUGACUGGAGCGAAGAGAUCACUGAAGCUAAGGAACAAGUCAACAAAGCACUGAUGGCCAAAAUCUCUUGUGAAUCAUCUGCAAAGCACUUUGAGAAGCAGACAACGGGAAUCCCAACUGGAAACAAUGAUGCUGACCAGGGAUUGAAAGGUAUUCUGCCUUCAGUGGAGUCUGGUGAUAAAGCUGAAAAAGAUGCUGAGAAAGGAAAGGAUAAAGUUCAAGCUACAACCAUGAAAGCAGAUGCAUCAAAAGAGAAGGCUGACAAAGACUUGAUUCCAUUGAGUGUAAAGAAGAUGUGUGCGAUGAUGAUGGAGACUGCGGAGGGUCAAAAAUAGGAAUUGGUUAUUCAGGCGACAGUUAUUCCACCGUUAACUGGUUCGUCUGGAAUUGUUCUAAAAACAAUGUUAAGGAUGAAUGUAAUAGUUUAAGUAGGAUGGAUGACUGUAAUGGCCAAGUGCCUAAAACUAAAUCUGUGGAUGACUGUAAGGGCCAUGUGCCUACAUUUGAGACCCGUGAUCAUGAACCUUAUGUGUCUGAAUGUCAUGGUUUGAAUUAUGCGUGUCGUGAUGAUAAUGUUGCUUGUGAAUCUCCUGUAUU